GUUAGAUUUACAGAUUUAAUCCUCACGAGUGUGAAUUUAUCUUUAUGCUACUAUUAUAAUUAUUGUGGUAACAUCAAGUAGUCUAUUGAUGAUUGAGAACUGAUUCUGCAGAACGCGAAGUAAACUAAAUGAUCAGUAGCAAUGGCAGCAGUUGAAAUCGUUCCUGGCGACGUGGUAGAGAGAUUGAUCGACGAUAUCAGCUUCGACGCCUUAAUCCUCCGAAAAAGCAUCAGUUGCGGUGGUUUCGAUAUACUAUACCUGGACGAUCAGAAACUAGAACGGGAUGUGCCACUGCAGGAAAUGCAAAAGGAACAGUGUAGUGACGGGGUGUUAUGUUAAAGGGAGAUCCAGCAAGUCGAGAAGAUGGGGUGAAUAUAGUAGAAUAAUGUCCAUCUUCGUAGUUCGCAUAAGUAUACUUUUACACGACGGUAGUCGUGUAAGAACACCUAUUUAUCAUGAUUAUCCCUCAAAGAAUACAAGGACAUGGACAACUACUUCGACCUCGAAAUCUUAGAAGCUCGAAGUACUUAAGGCCUAGACGCUAGACGUAAACUAAAGUUCAAGUUCCUUCUUGUAUCUAACAAAUCUCCCUGGCUCAAGACCAAUGGUUCGUCUAGACCUAUCGUCACUACGCGAAUUCGGUCUGAGGAAGCUGGAGGAUGCGGACAAGAAUGCCGCAGUGGCAGAACGACCAAGAACAGCAUGCGGUGACUCGACCAGCACUGUCGUGAAACGAGGCAACAUGGUUUCAAUAGGACACUCUGGCUUGAAAAGCUACGAUCCUGAGGACGGAACUAGAGUAGUGACGUUUUUGAACGGCGAGCCAGCGAGUAGUAGUACGUCGGAUGUUGAGGAGGAGGAAACUAUAACUAUUGCAGAGAACUGUAGAAGGCACACUGGAUCUGGAGAAGGUGCUUCGCGAAAGAAAGGUGCUUCGCGAAAGAAAGGUGAAGCAGGUGUCUUACGAAGUAUCUUUCAUAAGUAUUUACUCAUUGGGUCGUGUGGUUCAAGAUUACGGUUUUUUUCUCAAUAUUCUGAUAGCGAUGAUCUUGACCAUCAUUUCGAGUCAGGUAGUUUUAUUUCGUUUUCACAAGAAUUUGAAAUUGAAAAAUACACAUUCACAUACACUGAUGGCUGAUCUUCAAUAUUAAGAACUAAAGCUUCAUCACUCAGGUUUCGACAGUGCGGGCAACUUCGUUGACGCCGACGGCAACGUUGUGGCAUCGCCUAUGAAGCACGGCAGCGAAGACGAUGAGGGUGGGACGAGAAGUCCGCUUCCAUUUGGCAUGAUGGAAUCGGAAAAGUUACUCCAAGUUAUGAUGGACAAGACGAAGAGAAGAGCGUGUUUUUCAUCUUUCUAACACAAAUACCGACUCAGACUACAGGACGAGCCUGAAUUAUAUCAACAGAAAUCCACUGUCCAGCUAUUUGUAGGAAAUCCAGUGUCCAACAAGGAUUCGUCUGCUAUUUGUAGGAUGAUGAAAAAGAUGAAUAGCCAUCUUCAUCCAGCGCCCCACUACAUUUUCAUAUCCUAGUAUGCAGUCGAGCAAAAUAGCAGUACCGGAGGAAGUAGGCCUGUGAGCAGCGGUUCAGGCGGCAACUUUCCAGAGUCAGAUCUCGAAAUCCACUCUGUCGCAAGUAGUUCCAGUAUAGGCGUGAGAGGCAUCCAAAACCUCAGAAAAAUACGCGGAGAACAAGGUGGAGGAGGUGCCUCUUCAUCCUCAGUACAUGAUUUAGGAUGAUUCAGGAUGUCGAACCCAUUCUGAUCGACAUCGACUUCUUCUGCGCGAUUUAGAUUUGAGAACCUUUUUAUUUAAAUAUAUCCUGUACCUACUAUCCUUCCUUUUUCUUUUCCUAGUUAGCUUGGCUCCACCCAUAAUAUAUAUUAACGGAGGUGAUAAAAAGUAACUUAUAGUACAUAGAAGCACAAGUAGACUAGAAACGUGUAUUAAUAGACAGCGAUCCAGCCCCCGUGUUUUUGGCAGACGACACCAAGUGCAUGCUUCAUGUCAUUCGGUUGAAUCCUGGUCAUCUUCAUGUCAGUCCUUACAUUCGGUUGAUGCUUGUCAGAUCAGAU